AGAGAUGGUCUUCUUGACCAUCUCUGCCUUAUAUGUUGAGGUAGGAUCUCUUACUCGGCCUUGAGUUUGCCAUUUCUGCUAGUCUGGCUAGCCAGCUUGCUCUGGAGAUUUCCUGUCUGUCUGCUUGCUGGGAUUGCAGGUGGGAGUGGGUUCUGGGGAUCUGAGCUCGGGUCCUCAUGCUUGAGCUCUUCUUUAUCCACAGAGGCAUCUGCUAUUUCAAGGACUUUUGUUUGUUUGGGUUUUUGUUUGUUGAGACAGGAUUCUUCUGUGUAGCCCUGGCUGUCCUGGAACUCACUCUGGAGACCAGGCUGGCCUUGAACCAGAGAGACCUGCCUGCCUCUGCCUCCUGAGUGCUAGGAUUAAAGGUGUGUGCCUAACCCCAGAUCCAUCUCAAGGAGUUUAAAGAUUAGAAACUGCCUCUGGCUGUUGUGUGCAGGGACAGGUGAUGGAAUAGGAUUUGGGAAGGGGACAGGCAAGAUUGAAUUUACAAAAUGGCAAAAGGCCAAGGGCCUUAGAAAGACUUAGGUUUAGAGGUGCCUGGGGUAAAGAGAAUGAAGGGCAUGAAGCCUCCGCUUUGCCUAGACCCAGCUAACUGGUAGUUCACAUCAUUUCCUACAGAAAGCAUUAUGCAUAUUGUUGCUCCAUUUACUCACUGCGUUCUGUGAGCUGUGGUUCAUUUCCCAGAGGAGGAAGCAGACGCAGAAAUGUCAGGUGGCCUGUUUGCCGUUACAUGCCUCCCACAGGCACACCUGGAGGUGAAUGGCUAGGAACCAUCGUGAGUCCCUGUCCAGCAGGCUACAGAUAAGAGCUGCUUACGGGCUGCGUUCUAUGCCCUUAAGUGUGAACUCAGGCUUAAAAGAUUACACACGAGAGAUGGGGACUGUUCUGCCUGGGGUUAGGGAAAGCCCUAGAGAUAGUGGCCGUUCAACCAGUCCCUGAAGACACGGGAGAGCAGGAGGUUAAACUCAGACAUCAUGUCAGAAGAGCCAGGACCAAUCUGGCUAGUGCAUGGCCCUCCUGUUUAACACGCGCACAGGGAGUGAUGGGAGAGGGCUGGCUUGGUAGGUGGGCCCCCGGGGUGACUUUGCACAGAGCUAGUCACCUGGCCCAGGGGAGAUCCCACAAAUCCUCAAAGGGGAAUUUGAGUAGACUGGAUUUUCAUGUGUCAAAUAAGUGAAGUGGUGACCAGUAUAGUGUGUGUGUGUGUGUGUGUGAGUGUGUGAGUGUGUGUGUGUGUACGUACACGCAUGUAGGUCUCACUCUAUAGCCCAGACUGGCCUUAUGCCCCUCCUGUUAUAAGUUUGCCCGCAUGCCCAGCUCGACUGAACUUUGUGCAUACUCACAGCUAAGCUGCUCCCGGCCACAUGCCAGCUUGUCCUCCCCUUAGGGCCUCAGCGCAUACUGUUCUUCUUCCAUGUUGUGCUCUCCGAGGCACACCCAUUGUUUUCCUAACCUAAGCUGUUGCUUAUCUGUUAUAUCUGUUUGUUCUUGCUGCGCACUGGGACAGGACCUUGCUAUGCCACUCGUCACUAUACCACAGUACAUGUGCCAGGCUCUUGGAAAAUAUUUUUCAAUCUGUUGACCAAAUCAGACCAAAGUCCCCCACUUUAGGAAUAAGAAUAGCAAAACUCAAUCCAGUGAGAGGGAGUAGAUAGUUCCUCCACUCAGCCAAUGGUACCAGAAUGCCUAGGUGUAAUGGGUAUUCGUUCCACCUAUGACCUUGGGGUGUGGCCCUUUCUAUUCCACUUCACAGCCUGGAACAGACAGGCUGAGAGGUUUGCCUAGGGACAGUACUAGCUAGAGUUUGGAGGAGUAUUCUACUUAUCUAGCUCGUGUGACAUUUCCCUUUCCUAGCCACGGUCUUCCCAUGUUGCUUGUCCUGGAAACUAGAGCCAGGCGGACCCGCUGGGACACAGCUGAGCGGGGCAGCACUUUAGAAGUGUUGAAGUCCAGGGGUGGGUGUUAGCUCAUGGGAAGCCAUCUAGGGAAUUGUGUGCAAAGACCCUCUCCCCCCAGUGUGAGGGAUCAUGGCAGGUGCAGAUGCUAUCUAGAGUGGGCCGUGGUGAUGUGCAAGAAACCGAACACGCUGAGGCAGCAGCUAACACUGUUCUCUGUUAAAGUGAGAUGGAGACCAACACACUGGAGGAUUUAGAGUGGGAGUAGCUGAUGUCUAGGGGAGAGUACUGGUGGGCUGAGAAUAACAGGCUGUGGGAAGACCCUGAGAUCCUCUAGAGUUUCAGCAGAGGCUACAGUGGUGUUUCCAGUGUUGGUGGCAUUGGUGGGCACUGUGCAGAGAGAAUGAGACCUCCCUCUUGUUUCUUUGCAGGGGACUUUGUACAGCUGCCUGUGCCCAUCAUCCAGCAGCUGUACCAUUGGGACUGUGGCUUGGCCUGCUCCAGGAUGGUGCUUCGGUACCUGGGCCAGCUAGACGAUGGGGAAUUUGAAAAUGCCCUGCAGGAGCUGCAGCUGACCAGGAGCAUCUGGACCAUCGACCUGGCCUACCUGAUGCGCCACUUUGGUGUGAGACACCGUUUCUGUACCCAGACUCUGGGUGUUGACAAGGGUUACAAGAACCAGUCCUUCUAUAGGAAGCACUUUGACACAGAGGAGACCCGGGUGAACCAGCUGUUUGCACAAGCCAAGGCCUGCAGAGUGCGAGUGGAGAAAUGCACAGUGAGUGUGCAGGAUAUCCAAGCACACCUGGCGCAGGGCCACGUGGCCAUCGUGUUGGUGAACUCCGGGGUGCUGCACUGUGACCUGUGCUCCAGCCCUGUCAAGUACUGCUGCUUUACUCCCAUUGGUCACCGCUGCUUCUGCCGGGCCCCUGACUACCAGGGCCACUUCAUCGUUCUGCGUGGCUACAGCAGGGCGACCGGCUGCAUCUUCUAUAACAACCCAGCCUAUGCUGACCGAAUGUGCAGCACCAGCAUCAGUAACUUCGAGGAGGCCAGAACCAGCUAUGGCACCGAUGAGGACAUCCUCUUUGUCUACUUGGACAGCUGACAGCAGGAGACUGGUGUGUUAGGUCCUCAGACCCUCCCUAUGUCCUACCCGAGCCAGACCCACUCAGGAUGCCCCCACCCAGGGCUGCUGGGGCUGAGGUUCAGAAUUGUAGUCUCAGCCUGUUUAACAAAGCCCUUGGGAACUCCGUGACUGCUCUGUCCACCAGUGUCAUCCUGCCAUUUACCCCAAACACCUUCUUGUUGCUGGAGACAACCCAAGAGCAUCUAAGGAGAGGAUCUCUCAAGACCCUGAGUCUGACUCCAGCUGUGCCCAGAGGAAGCCCUCAAGUCUGACCGCAGCUAUACAGAGGCAAGGGGAGAGGCAGGAAACCUGAGAGAGCAGUGUGUUUGGGGAGAGCACAUCCAAAGCCAGGCCUUCGGCUCCAAGCUCCAUGGAUGGCGUCACUGCCCUCUCCUGCCUCCAAGGGUCUCAGGUCUUUGGGACUGAUCACGAGGCCUUGUUUCCAUGCAGCAUAAGCAUACCUCAUGGCCACUCAGAGGCUUUCUGACCCCUGGGAUGCUGACACCUUCUUAGCUUCUAGGUACCCUCCUGUAGAAUGGAAAGCCUUUAGGAGUGGGCAGGGCCAAAUGGAUGACAGUAGAGAGAAUGUUUCAGGAAGAGGGAGCUGACAAGAGACUCUCCAGAGAGCCCCUACAUCCAGGAGGCUUCCUGACACCAGGUUGACUUCCCACAGCAGUAUCUGCCCUCUAAGUCUGGGAGCCUUCUGAGGAUGGGUACUAGAGGGUCUGUGCGCCUAAAACAGCAGGCCGCCUCCCCUCCACCCUGGUGUUCACACCAGGAGCACUGGAACAGAAUCCUGGGUCUCUUCCGUCUUGAAGAAGGCAAUGCCAGUGUCAGGUCCCAUCAACUAGAGCUGAUUGCUUUGUCCUUUUUGUGCUCUUGGUAGCAAGAGUGCUGUUUCACUGAGACUUGGUUUCCACUGUGUGGGGAGUAAAACAAUAAUAGACACAGGUACUGUGAAACCGCUAACGUCUUUACAAGGGCAGAUAGGCCAGUUCUUAACAAGAUGACUGGCGUGGCCUGGCCAGCAGGCUGAGUCGGGAAGCUGCACCAAAGACACGAGGGAGUGGGUCCUUCCUAAGGAGACCGGGGAGCCCACUCCUCAUGGUACCCCAGCAGCCUCUUGCCACCCCGUGCUCCGGGGGUCUGGUCUUCAGUGCUCAAGGCAUGACGUGGCGGUGGCUGCUUCCCUACCACUAGCUGGCCCUCAUGGUAGUCUGAGGGACAGAGGUGGUCUGUUUACAAGGGCAGUCAGACCAGUCACCCAUAUCACUCCUCAAUAGGAGACGAAGCCUUGGGCUGAAGGGAGGUGCUGUUGGCUAAGCAGCCACUCUGGGUUUCAGAGACUAGUACUGCUUUCAGUCUGGUCUCAUUUCCAUUGCCUUAAUGCUGGGUAGCCCAAGGCCCCAAGGAACUCUAGCUCCAAGCUCAGGAGUACCACAUAAGCAGCUAUGGGUAUGGGUGUCCUCAGAAGAGGUUCAGGUAUAAUUGUUGAGACUGGCUGAUAGGACGGGCUGAUAGGUAAAGCCUUCUCAACAGCUGGAUGGGAUGAGGCAUGGCCCACAGGCUCAUGGGUGCUCGUGGGAGGUGGCUUCCGUAAAAGGUGGUCAUCUUAACCAUCUAGGACAUUUAAAAAUACUCAGCCCCGGGACCCUGAUAAUGGCUUCUCAGGGCAAAUCACACGUUAGGCUCCACCUGUCUGUAAGAUUAACAAGAAAGCUGCUGUCUUCAAGGACAGUCACAGAGGAAGUGUCAUAAGGCACUCUGUUACAUUGCACUAGUCAUGAAAACGGGCUAGAGAAAGCCUUGGCAUCAGAGACUUGCCCACAGCAUGUGACGCCCACAGCGUCUCAGCUUCUCAUGCAGCCCAGGGUAGGCUCUGAGGCCACAUGGGGACUGUAGACUGUCUUGUUCACUCUAGCCACAGGAGGAUGAAAGGGAUCUUUUGCAUAGCAGAGGAUUUUCUACAUAAAUAUAUUUUGUUUGUAAUGAGCCAUUCUCAAAUAAAUAUUCUCACUGUAUGGU